AUGCAUGAAAGACCGAGACCGACGGGCAGACACCGCCCAGACACAGACUGCUACGUGGAAACCCGAAGCAAGAGCGCGAAUCCAUAUGCACUGCAGACAUGGACGUCGACACUUACGCAACGCGCUACUGCUCGCCCACGAAUUCAGCGCCGAACUCAGGGCGCUGAUGACGUAGGUGUCGACGAGGAUGAGAAUCAGCUCCUGAAGCAGCAUCAACAGUCUCAAGCAGUGCAGAUGAGACUAUGUCUCGGAAUUCCUAGACUAAUUCGUAUCCUACUUCGAUUUUAUAUCGUCGUGGUCUUCUCAGACGUCUUGUUGGGGAAAAUUCCCGGCUACGUCCAAAUCGAAGUGGUCGACUGGGAAUCGAUCAAGAGAGCGAGGUCGUCCCGGGGAGAACCCGUCUUCGUUCACUGA